UCCAAUCUUUGCAACUAAUGGCUGGUGAUUUACACAAUAUAGCCGCAGCCCCACCACCUCCCUCCCAGAGACCAAAAAAAAAAAAAAAGGAACCCAACAGCCCCAAAAUGCAAUAAACAGUUGUGUAGGCCUGUAAGUUGUGGGUUGCCAACUCAACCAACUCUCUGAGAGAGGCAACAAUCGGAUUGGGGCGGAGACGGAAAUGAGUUUCCUACGUAAAGUUGUGUCCUCAAGUUUCCCUGCUCAAGUUUUGAGAUUUUCAAAGAGGCCCUUCAAGGCGAAGUCUCUUGAUGAAUCUACCUCUUCCUCCGUCAGCCAUGGUAUUCAUGUCUUCCAUUGCCCUGAUGAGGUGGGAAUAGUUGCAAAGCUAUCAGAAUGUAUUGCUUCAAGAGGUGGAAACAUUCUCAAUGCUGAUGUUUUUGUGCCUGAGGACAAGAAUGUGUUUUACUCUAGAAGUGAAUUUAUCUUUCACCGGGCGAAAUGGUCCCGUGUACAAAUGGAUGAAGACUUUCUGAAACUGUCGAGGAUGUUCAAUGCUAUAAAUUCUGUUGUCCGAGUGCCUGACCUUGACCCUAGACAUAAAAUUGCAAUUCUUGCCUCAAAGCAGGACCAUUGUCUUGUUGAUUUGUUGCAUGGCUGGCAAGAUGGAAGGCUUCCAAUUCAAAUAGCAUCAGUAAUAAGCAAUCAUGAUAGAGCUCCGAACACCCAUUUGAUUCUAUUCCUAGAGCGGCAUGGAAUACCUUACCAUUGCUUGAGGACAACUCCUGAAGAUAAAAGAGAGAAAGAGAUCCUGGACUUAGUCCAGGAUACUGAUUUUCUAGUGCUUGCUAGAUACAUGCAGGUUCUUUCUGGAAACUUCUUAAAAAGUUAUGGAAAGGAUGUUAUUAAUAUUCAUCAUGGCCUAUUGCCAUCUUUCAAGGGUGGUCAUCCAGCUAAGCAGGCAUUUGAUGCUGGCGUCAAGUUAAUUGGUGCAACAAGUCACUUUGUUACUGAAGAACUUGAUGAAGGGCCAAUAAUUGAGCAAAUGGUGGAAAGAGUUUCCCACAGAGAUAAUUUGCAGAGUUUUGUACAGAAGUCCAUGGAUCUUGAGAAACGAUGCCUUUCAAAAGCAAUAAAAUCAUAUUGUGAGCUGCGUGUUUUGCCUUACGAACGAAACAAGACUGUUGUGUUUUGAUGAUGAAAGGCAAAUCUUGUUUUGAAAUCAGGCGUUUAUUAAGUAUGGGAUGCUAAGUCAUUUUACUUGCACUCUUCCAAUGCAAUUCCAAGUGACAAACUUUUAAGUCCACUUUCACUUACUCUGUAAUUGUUUUAUUUAGUUCUGCAGCUCAUCAGAUAUGUAGUUUUGGUAUAUCAGUUAUGGUGUUUCUUUUAGCCAAAGCAGUAUGACUUGUUCAAUUUCAUUACUAAAUUAUAUGAGAAAAAUGAAGGGAAGGCAGAUGUAAAAACUACUUGCUGUAA